AUGGAUCCAAGUCGUCACAUAGAUUUAAUUGAAUUUCCAGAUGUACUAAGAAAUAAAGGAUUUGACAUUGGAGCACCUAUGGGAGAGAAUCUGGCAUUCAUAUUAGAAUGUUUUGGUGAAUUAGAGGUGGACAAUAGGAUUGUGUAAAAAAUAAAGGAAGAAAAGGAUGCCAAAAAGAAGGAUGCCAAUCUUAAGAAAGUUGGUGAUGAUGCACCUAAACCUGUUGAUGUUUUGUAGAAAAUGACUUCAUAUAGUGAAUUCAUUGGAGCUAUUUAAAAGCUAAAAAAUUAUGAUUAAAUGAUGUGCAGAUUGUAAUUAGUACGAUCAAAUACAUUACAGACUGAAGUUGAAGAAAUUAUAUAAGAUGAACAAAAUAAAAUUACUAAUCUUGAGAGAGCUAAAAAUGUUGAAAGGAAUUAAACUUAAUUUGAUGAACAUGUAUCCUAGAUUCAAUCUAUUGAUUAACUCCCAGAAGUCCCUAAAGCAGCUCAAAAUGCUGUUGUUAUCAAUCUAUUUUGCAUCGAUGAACGAUUUGAAUCAAGAUCACUUGAUUUUGUAGAAAGAGCCUUUGAACUCUUCCCUGAUCGAGAUCUAAGAGACUACAUCUAUUAUCACACUUUCUAUAAGUAUCAAGGAAGAAACACUCCACUUUUGAACAUGUUUUAUUCUCAUUUGAUUGAAUUAAGAAAGCUCAAUUAAAGUGAAUGGAACUAAUGUCAGUUUUUAGUAGAAAAUCUAUUGGGAAAAGAGAACAUUGAGAAGGAUGUAAGGAAUGUGAAAUGA